AUGGGCCCAGGUUUCUCAAUUCUGGGGAUGAUUGUCGGGGUUCUGUCCAUUCUCUACUACGCAAAACAGACGCAAAGGAUGACGGGCCUCAAAUUCGACGCAGAGUUCUGGGCGGUUGCCGGUCCGCUGAUUGCCAUCCGACCGCCAAAGGGACCUACCAAUGCGCUGGAGCUCCGAGCCAGCGUCAACGCGGGUCUCUCGGCUAUCCUCAAAGAUGCCCUGCCAGCUGGUAUAACAGAGACCAAGCACGUUCUCAAGUCAUUCGACGGCGAAACAAUUACGCUCCACCAGUUCACACCGAGCGGAAACGAAACCAUGAGCAAGCAGCCGGCUUUUAUCUACAUUCAUGGAGGAGGGAUUGUGGGGGGAAAUAUCGACCCUCACAGCCGGCCACUCGCCGCGAAAGCCGCUCUCGAAUCCGGGGUCCAGAUGUUCGCUGUGGAAUACCGCCUAGCGCCCGAGUUCCCGUUUCCAACGCCUGCCGAGGAUUGUUACGCCGCUUUAAAGUGGCUGAGCGAGAAUGCAAACGACUUGAACAUCGACGCGUCUCGCAUAGGCUUUUACGCACUGAGCGCCGGUGGUGGCUUAGCGAACUAG